UCAUUUUUCAUCUUCGUUCUUCGUCUACUUCUUCUGGUUUUGGUUCUCGUUUCUACUUCCCUUUCAUUCUUCUCGUGUUUUCUUCUGCUUUCAAAUUCUCUGUAAUCCCCCGCUACCAAUUCUCACCACUCACUCCUUCUCCUCAAAAUCACUUCUCUUCUUUCCUUCGCUGAUUUUUAACCCUUUUCAGAAACCCUAAUCCUUCAUCCUCUAGCUUCCAUGGCGUCCAAGAAGAAGCAAUCGGAAGGCAUCGCCUUGCUGUCCAUGUACAACGACGAUGAUGUGGACGAAGACAUGGAGGAUGUCGAAGUAGACGACGAGGACGACGACGCAGAGAACCGCGUGGAGCAGCAAGAAGAUGCCGCCGGAGAUGCGAGAUUCGCGGUUACGGGGGAGGAUUUGGCGAGUGAUGUCAAUAAUUUCGUUAACGAGGCUGCUGCUGUUGUGUCCACCUCGAUAGAGAGGAGUGGGUUGGGGGCUUCCACGACGCCGCAGGCCAACACGUGGGUUUCGCCACCGCUAGAGCAACGGGUGGUGUCGUCGUUUACGAAAAUUAGUAGGAGAGAGACGCUUACGAUAGUGGACUAUGGCCAUGAUGAAGCAGCAAUGUCACCUGAACCUGAGGAGGGUGAGAUAGAUGGUAGUGGCCGAGUCAUGUUUGGGGACCAGCUUCAUGCUACCAAUGGUGAUUCGCUGGAUAGAACACCAUCUGGAACAGUCCAGGUUUUGACCCCAAGCCAUGCUAACACAACUCAAUUUUCUGAGCCAUUGAAAUUUGAUACCAUGAACAUUGAUGCUGUGAUCAGAACAGAUGAUACAGAACUUGGAGAAGCAGAUCAAGACAAGCAAAAAUCUGGAGAUCCAUUGGAUACAUUUCUCCCUCCACCACCCAAAGCUAAAUGCUCCGAGGAGCUACAAAGAAAAAUAAAUAAAUUCCUGGAGUAUAAGAAGGCUGGAAAAAGUUUUAAUGCAGAAGUUCGCAACAGGAAGGACUAUCGAAAUCCUGACUUUUUACUGCACGCAGUGAGGUACCAGGAUAUUGAUCAAAUUGGGUCUUGCUUCAGUAAAGAUGUAUUUGACCCUCAUGGGUACGAUCCAAGCGACUUCUAUGAUGAAAUAGAAGCUGAUAUGAGGCGUGAAACUGAGAGGAAAGAGCAAGAGAAGAAGAAAGUUCAGAAGGUUGACUUUGUUUCUGGGAGUACACAACCAGGAAUUGUGGCUGGUCCUCCCAGGAUUAACAUUCCUGUUGCAGGAGCUUCUGCUGCAACAGCAAGUGGUUUGCAUUUGGUGCCUCCUGGAGCUGAUUCUAUAAAUCGGGAUGGUAGACAGAACAAAAAGUCAAAAUGGGACAAGGUGGAUGGUGAUCGGAAAAAUCCUCUGCCCUCAGGGGGACAGGAUGCCAUAUCUACUGUUGGGUCUCAUGCAGCAAUUUUAUCUUCUACUAAUGCUGGUGGUGGAUACAUGCUAUUUGCGCAGCAAAAACGGCGAGAGGCAGAGGAGAAAAGAUCUAGUGAAAGAAGGUUAGAGAGAAGAUCGUAAGCCAUAUUUGGGUUUGUAAACACGACAAGCAGUCCUAGAGAUUUUCUGCAUAACAUUUUUGUAUGUUCAUUAACUUCGGCAAUGAUCAUAGACCUGUAAAUUAUAAAAAUUGAAAAAAAGUUCCUGCUUCAACCAUUGUUAAUGCUUUAUUCCUUUUUUACA